AUGUUUCACAAACCGAAUCAGAAUGAGAAUGAGCACAAAAGUCGUGGUCGUAACCAACCAAGAGGGUCUCGAGGAACGGAGAAAAGUACAUCUAGAUCCCAUACUAGAAACAUGUAUAGUCAUGAUGCAUCUCGCGAAACGCAAGUUGAUGAGCAUCGGCCCCCUAGAGCCACCCAUGCUCCGCCACAGCCUGAGGUAAACAUCGAAGCAACUUCUCACCCUCACCCUGCCCACGGGACCAGCACUUCGUACAUACCAGCCCAAUCCAGCAGAAUAGCUACUCCCUCCGCUCUAUGGUCGCCCCGAAACACCCCAACACACUUUACGAACCCCGAGACGGAGGACGCCUCUCAGUGGCUUUGCGGAGGUUGGGCUCCAAAGGACAACAUUUGCAGUCGCUGUGGGUCGACUGUUGAGGAUCGUCAAGAAUUUGAAGAGUUCUUGCAGGUCAAGCAGAUUGUAGCGCCGAAUAAACUCCAGACGAGAGAGAAUCAUUCCUCGGUUUUUUCGCCUCCUGCUGAAUCCGGGAACUGGAUCCAGAACCUCAAAGGAUAUUUGUGGUGGUCACAAGACAGCAUCCCGAAAUUAGAAAACGGUGCACGGGUACUUGAAAGAAAUCACCGCAGGGAACUUUGUAGUCUCAAUGAGGCACAUGAAAGGCAAGAACUCGAGCUGAAUAAACGCAUCAUAGUCUUGGAAAGAACUCUUGAAGAGCAAGAAAGCCGAAUUCAGAAAGCUCAAGCCGCUGCUCAGGUCAUGACGGAGCAGACAAAGUCCUUUGCCAUAUCUGACAGCGAGGUCGUGGUUUGGUUUGAAAGUAUGGCCGCCGAAGUAUACGACUGGACAAGAGCAUAUGCGUGCGACGAUUUGGAGGCUUUCUCCAGCAUUCCGGCGAACGAAUGGAACUCGCUGGGAAAGUUUGUGGUUGUGGAAAAUGGUCGUCUCCCUGAAGAGCUGCUAAGUAACACUGACGGUGCAGGCAUGCUUCUUCAGGGAAUGGCUAUGAACUACAUCUGUGCGACAGCAUUUUCAUCUCCAUGGUGGGUAUUUGAUGCCCUUGAGGACUUCGAUCUCGCUUUGAAUCUUGGCAACACGGAGCAGUUCUCACGAGACAAUAUUGAACCGCCCACCGAAAUCCAGAAUUUUGUGCACAAAGAAGUCCCCAAUGUCAAAGAGCACAUGGCCAAACUUUUUAAUCUGCUCCAAAACAUCCAAGAAGUAUCUAGUCACCAGUGGAGGGUGUCAUUGAUGAGAUUCUUCUCCACGAACGGGAUGGGAUCGUCCAAAAGGGCUGAGAAUCGAGAGGUGGCUGAGAAACUGGCCGCUGGCCGGGUCGGCCUAGCCAAGCGACUGACGGAGAAUUUCCUCGGCGGCCCAGCCCGAUAUCUACUCCAACAUUUGACAGAACAAGAAGGUCAUGAGUGCUUUGAGUGGCUUGUAGAUCAGAUUGACCGGGCUCUGACGAAGUCUACGCAUCUAUGGACUCAUAGGUCGUACAUGAAGUGCGUUGGCCUGGAGGGCGGCGGCCUCGACUUCCUUGACAUCACGUCGGAAGUUGCUAAACCUCAUCCAAUGCAUCAUCCAGGAGACCCAACUUCCUAUGAUGGCCUACCCAUCACAAUGUUAGUCCAGCCGGCAGUUGUUGUCUUCGGAACAGAGGAGGGAGAAGCCUAUCAGACAAUGAGGCGGGUCUGGAUGCCCGCCAGGGUAUUGCUCGGGCCCGCAGGCGCAGGUGCAGACUGCAAGGGUGGCAAGGAAAUUGAACUAUCAAAUUAG